AUGCGUAGUAGUCUUCGUUUAGAAGUAGUCGGCACAAUCAUUUCAAUACUUGCAACCGUUUGCAAGACACAUUCGUUGAGAAGCCACUUUUUGGACGACACAAUCAUGGAGAAUUCUUGUACACAAAAUAAAGCGACCUGUUAUGAGCUUUUUCCGCUGGAGCUACCCACAUUUGGCACAGCCCCAUCACUCGAGGCAGAGCUACGAAAAGGUGCGAAGGAACGGCUGGCUAGCAGAAAAAUUGUGGCACAACAAAAAAGGUCCGAAAAAUGUCGCGAUGUGCCCAGUGUUUACAAACUAGUAUAUCCUAGUCCACCAAAGAUUCCAAAAUGUCAACACAGUGGCAACUUCAUUCUGGAUCGUGACGUGUUAAAUCCGGCGGAUUACAUAGAUUUUAUCGCAAGACCUAAAGAAGUCAUACGUCGAAAGAAACCUCACUACGUCAAGCAUAAGCUCUCAUCGGCAACGAAUCGUAUUAAAACAUUAGCCAGACCUGGCACAACUCACGUGAAGGCCACGCUGGAAAGAUAUUCUACACAACUUUCGCCGAAACAAAAACAACAUCUGCAGAGCAUGUUGGAACCGAAACCGUUUGUUACCAUCAUGGAAUCGAUUGGGUAUGCAAAGCAGCAACGAUCCGAUGAAGCUAUGUGGCAACGACACAUGGCUAAACAGGAGCAGAAGUUGCUUCACAAGAUCCACCGUUGGGAAAAUGAGCUUCUUAAGAUAGCAAUGAAUAGACUUGCCAAGCAGCUAAGGGAUUACUAUCUAACACCCAGCGAACCACCGUUGACAGAAGAGGCAGUACGAAUUUCACGAGUGAUUCUACACUAUAUUUGUCACUUUUUAGACAUUCCCAUUCUUCACAUCGACGAACAAGGAAAAGUAAAAGAUAAUGAUGUUAUCGACGAUUUCUACGUAGAAUUGUCAAAGAAAAUUGGCUACUGGGUAUGGACAAUGAUGAAGCAAAUCGGUAUAACGUUUGAUAAGCAAAAGUCUUUUUCAUAUGUAAGAAAAUCGGAAUCUUUCGUAUCCGUCAACUCGAGUGUCUUCCAGCUCGAUUUUCCAACGACUGAUGAGGAAGGUGUUGCGUCCAAGUUAGAACCACUGAGUAUACUUUCGUUGGAAGUUAUUUACGACUGUCUGGAUGAAGCAGUCCUUACAGUGGAAAAGGGAAUUAAUGGAAGGCGCAGUAGUGUGUGCAUGGAAAGCGAUGAAACGUCACAAUCAAAUGAAAACAAAGAUGAAUCCAAAACGGACACUAGCAACGAUAACAUUAGCGAUGCUUCAAUGCACGAUAAUAUGCAAAGUGCAGACCAAACUACAGACCAAACGAUAGAUGAAAUUGAAGAACAUCAAGUAAGAGUAAUAGAAAAUAUUCAAAAUGAAGAAACCGAUGAGAAUGAACGGAAGGAAGAGAAACCACAGCAAACGUAG